AACGAUAUGGUUACGCGUUUGGAUCUCAAUCUUUCCUCUAACUACCAUCGCCAUUACCAAUCUUUCUUUCUCUCUCUCUCCUCUGAUUCAGAUGCCAUUUGGGUCUAAUUCAUAGCCCUUCCUUUUCAUUUCCUCCUUUUUCCCCUCUGUUUUUCUCUGUUUUUUAGUGCUGCAGCCGACGGUUUUCCAAAACAGAGCAUCCAGGAACUCAUCCAUGGCGGACGCCAAGAAGACUGUGGUUAUGUUGCUUAAAGUGGAUUUGCAGUGUGAUCGAUGCUACAAGAAAGUGAAGAAAGUUCUCUGCAAAUUUCCUCAAAUUCGAGACCAGAUUUAUGAUGAGAAACAGAAUCUUGUGAUUAUCAAAGUGGUUUGUUGUAAUCCUGAGAAGCUUCGAGAUAAAAUUUGUUGUAAGGGCUGUGGUGUUAUUAAGAGCAUUGAAAUCAAGCCCGCCGAUCCUCCUCCGCCCAAAAAGCCCGAUCCUCCUCCGCCCAAAAAAGCCGAUCCUCCUCCGCCGGCUAAGCCUGACCCUCCUCCCCCUAAAAAAGCCGACCCACCACCGCCCAAGGCCGACCCUCCGCCACCGAAAAAGGCCGACCUACCACCACCGAAAAAGGCCGACCCACCACCACCGAAAAAGGCCGACCCACCACCACCCAAGGCCGACCCUCCGCCACCCAAAAAGGCCGACCCUCCGCCACCCAAGGCCGAGCCACCGCCGCCCAAAAAGGCCGACCCACCACCGGCACCCAAGGCCGACCCACCGCCUCCGAAAAAGGUGGACCCUGUGCCACCGGCUCAACCCGAACCGUUCCCGGUUAACAUAUGCGUGCCGGUUCCCGGAUACCCACCGGCUUACCCGAUUGGGAUGUGCUGUAGUCAGUGCUAUGAAGGGCAGGGUGGGGGCCCAUGUUACAGUGGGUUUGGUAGGCCCGGCCCAUGUUGCGAUGGGUGCGCUUCUGGAAGGCCCAUUUACGACAGUUACGGCGGAGGGAGGCCCUGUUAUGUUAGCCACUGUGAAUACCUCAACGAAGAAAAUGCAUCCGGAUGCAGUGUUAUGUGAGAUACGUGGCAGCUUGUGAAUGGUGGUGAUUAAUGCUCAUGUGCCUCUCACGGUCAUGAUAAUAAGGAAGUUGGAGAUGAAUUGCAUUACAACUUACAAGGCACUUAAUGUUAAAUGUUGGUUAUUGGGUUUUGUAUAAUAAUUCAAGUUCUUGUCAAAUAUAAGUGUUGGGAUUUAUGAUCAAUUUAAUUUUAAUAAAGUGAAUUAUCAUCGAGUCAGCUCGUUAGGUUGACUCCCAAGUGUUCGGAUCGA